AUGGAUAGAUUUGCCAAACAGAUCGGCCUGAAUAUGAACACCUCCAAAACCCAAGUGAUGUGCAUAAAUUCAACACCACACGCACCAAUCACUGUGGACAGUAAACCUCUCGAUUAUGUUGAGGAGUUUACAUAUCUGGGAAGUCUCCUCAGUAAGGACAAUGCAUGCAGCGGGGACAUCAGCAUAAGACUGGGGAAAGCUCGCAGCACCUUUGCCAGCCUUCAGACCAUCUGGAAAUCUAAGCAGUAUAGCCUUAAGACCAAGCUUCAGCUGUACAACAACAAUGUUAAAUCAGUCCUGCCUUAUGGCUCAGAGUGCUGGAGAGUGGUUGAGAGUGACAUGAAAAAGAUCAAUGCCUUCCACAACGGAUGUCUCCGGAAGAUAUGA